UAUGUCAGCGCCGUUGUUGAUAUUAAUACAACAUCGGGUGUAGUACGCGGACAGACCAUUCAUAUACAGACUAAACUAUUGGACGCUAAGAUCGAUCAAUGGUUAGGCAUACCAUAUGCCGAACCACCUGUCGGUGACCUAAGGUUUACAUAUCCGGUGCCAUACAAACACACUAAAGAUAUCAUCGACGCUACCAAAGCCAAGAGCUCAUGUAUGCAAUCAUUUACAGACAAUGAUCGCCUACAGUAUGGAAACCUGACAUUCAGUGAGGACUGUCUGUUCAUGAAUAUAUGGAGACAGACACCACCAUCACCGACAACAAAACUCAACAAUCAUAUCAGUCAUAUGAAACCGGUUAUGUUUUGGAUACACGGAGGUUCACUAGUAUCUGGAUCUAUAUUUACCGAUCUGUACAACGGUUCGGCACUGGCAGCCCAGGGAGUAGUGGUAGUAUCGGUCAACUAUCGGCUGGGACAGUUUGGAUUUAUGUACGGCGCCAGUGAUGAGGCACCGGGUAAUGUCGGUUUCUACGAUCAACAGUUGGGACUGAAAUGGGUCAGAGAUAAUAUACACCGGUUUGGCGGCGAUAGAGAUCGGGUAACAAUUUUCGGACAGUCGGCCGGCAGUUGGUCAGUAAUGUCGCACAUACUGUCGCCACUGUCCAGUGGACUAUUUCGGCGGGCUAUUAUGGAAAGCGGUUCAUGGAUGUACAACAAGGACAGGGAUGUAGUCAGCAAACAGGAAUCGCUGAAAGUGUCCCGCGAUAUAGCCGUAUCGUUUGGCUGCCGACUGUUCAUCAAUUGGAUACAGUGUUUGCGUCGGGUAUCGGCCGACCAGCUGGCAAAACUGACCGGCGAUUUGCCAGCAUCACCAGUCUAUGGUACACCCAUACUACCAAUGCGAGCACAGUUAGCUUUUAAGAGGAAGUUUUAUAAUACAGAUAUCGAUCUGUUAGCCGGUGUAGCAGCCAAUGAGGGCAACGAAUUAGUUAAACUGUUUCUACAGCUAAACAUUCCCGUCUGUGUUGACUCAUUCAAACUGGCCGUCCGAUUGUUGGACGGUAUCUAUCAUAAUAUCGAUGUCGACAAAGUUACCGGAUUUUACUUGAAAAAUAUCAAUCCAUGGGAUUCGCGUACAAUAUUGAACCGAUUCGGCGAUAUGGCCGGCGAUUUGAUACUGAAAUGUCCCACUUAUUUGUUUGCCAAACUAGUGGCCAAACAUCGGAAAUCGGUAAACAAUGUCUACUUCUAUGAGCUAACCUAUGCUAGCGAUUGGUUUGGUAGACGUAUUGGUUGCGAUCCGAAAAUAGACGGUAUAUGCCAUUCAUCGGACAUACCGUUUGUAUGGGGUCUGCCCUUUAUCUAUCCGUUUGGCUAUACCCAGGAUGACUAUACUUUAGCUCAGUGGACACUGAAAUGGUGGACCGAUUUUGCCAAAACUGGUCAACUGGACAGCGAUUGGGCUCAGAUGUUGUCGGCCACCGAAACCAAUGUAAAAGAUUUGAAUCCCCGAAACAUGACUAAAAUUAUGCAACACGUGUUUGACGACACGUGCGAUGGUGUUUGGCAAUCAUACUUUGUAUAG